CAGCCGCCCAAGCCGCGACGCGCCAGGCGCAACGGCCGACCGCGCACACCAGCCGCACCAUCGACGGGCACCUUCCUGCUUGGGAGCGCCGUCGUCGCCAUGGAAGCAUGCUGCGCCCAACAUGCAAACACCGCCGCCGGCGCUGCACCUGCCCAGCUGGGCCCAGCACAGCUCAGCCCAGCGGUCGGCGCGCCGUCGUCGCCCGCCAGCACGCAGCGUCUGCGUCGCAGGAGCAGAAGCACUCGCAUUGGCGCCGACCGAACGGGCCUCGCUGGUCGCCGUGCAGAAGGUACAAGAGACGGCGCCUCUCGCUCGCUCCUUCCCGCUUCCCUCCAUCCCACUCCAGUCCGUCUCCUCCCACCCAGCGUCUUCUCCCACCACCCGAGCUCGCCCUCCUCACUCUUUACUCCCACCCUCACUCGCUUCCAAGCUCCACGCUCGUCGACUUCGCCACGAUGCAGCUCCUCAACGUCAUCACUCUCGCCGCUGCGCUCGUGUCGGCCGUGUCGGGCGCCUCGCUCGAGGCUCGCCGCACCUGCACCAAGCAGAACAAGCGCGUCGCCAACUUCGAGGACGUCAAGUACAACAUCCUCGCGCCCCUCGCGCCCGUGCUCAACGAGGUGGGCACGUACAAGGGCCUCAAGUUCAACAACUUCGGCGGCCUCAAAUUCGUCGGCCUGCCCGCCGGCAUCGUGCCUAGCUCGGGCGACCAGGCGGUGAUGACCGGCCUCGUCGGCGACAUCCUCCACGGCACCGCCUCCAUCCAGCCCACCGGCUCGAUGACGUACUUUGACCUCAAGUCGUUCCACUACGGCUGCGCCAUCGGCGUCGGUCUCAAGGACCUCAUCCCCACGGCGUGCACGGUUCGGGUCAAGGCCUACUAUCAGGGCAAGCUGCAGGUGCAGCGCGCGUACAAGUACUCGCCCAACGGCCUGCUGCUCGCCGACGGCAAGAAGGCGCUCGCCCAGAAGGCCGAGUGCCACACGGACCUCAUGGGCGUCGACCGCGUCGAGUUCACGACGGACAACCCGCUGCUCAACGUGCUCGUGCUCGACGACAUCACGUUCGUGCCGUCCAAGUGCACGCAGUGAGCGUCGCCUCUGGCCGAUCUUGCGCGUGCGCGGCACCUCAGCGUCGGCUGCGCCGACUGCUCUCCGAGCCGCACCGUCCCCGGUCUCUCGCCUCCG